GAAAGAAUAGAGCAGAGAUGGCAGCACUUUUAAAAGCGCGGAGAGCUCUUGGUGUGGCUGUUGGGUGUACCACACGCCGUCUGUCCCAGCUGGCAGAGUUGCCAGAGAUCCACCAGAUGCUGCGGCAGACGUGCCGUGACUAUGCAGACAGGGAAUUGGCUCCAGUCGCUGCCCAACUUGACCGGAAUCACUCCUAUCCCGCUAAGCAGGUGCAGGAGCUGGGAGCUCUGGGCGUCAUGGCAGUGGAGGUCCCAGAGAGCCUGGGGGGGGCGGGGCUGGACUACCUCGCCUACAGCUUGGCCGUGGAGGAGCUGAGCAGGGGAUGCGCUUCCACAGGCGUCAUCGUUAGUGUCAAUAAUUCGCUGUAUUUGGGGCCAAUCCUGAAAUUUGGCACCGAGGAACAGAAAGAACAGUGGAUUCCUCCUUUCACCACGGGAGAAAAAGUUGGCUGCUUCGCUUUGAGUGAGCCAGGGAACGGCAGUGAUGCGGGUGCGGCGUCGACGCUGGCCCAGCAGGACGGUGAGGAGUGGGUGCUGAACGGGACAAAGGCCUGGAUCACCAACAGCUGGGACGCUUCUGCUACCGUUGUUUUUGCCACUACUGACAGGAGCCUUAAACAUAAGGGAAUCAGUGCCUUCCUGGUGCCGAUGCCACAUCCAGGUUUGUCUCUGGGGAAGAAGGAGGACAAGCUGGGAAUCCGCGCCUCCUCCACAGCCAACCUGAUCCUGGAGGACUGUCGCAUUCCCCUGGGCAACAUGUUAGGGCAGCGUGGAAUGGGCUUUAAGAUUGCAAUGCAAACCUUGGACAGUGGGCGGAUAGGUAUAGCUGCACAAGCCUUAGGAAUCGCGCAGGCUGCCCUGGACUGCGCAGCCGAUUACGCACACAAACGGACGGCAUUCGGAGCCCCUAUAGGGAAAAUGCAGGCCAUACAGUUUAAGUUGGCGGACAUGGCUGUGGCGUUGGAAAGCGCUCGUCUCCUUACCUGGAAAGCUGCCCUGCUACGAGAUGCAAAGAAGCCUUUCUCUAAGGAGGCAGCAAUGGCCAAACUGGCUGCGUCUGAAGCCGCCACCUUCAUCUCACACCAGGCGAUUCAGGUGCUGGGGGGAAUGGGCUUCGUGACAGACAUGCCCGCGGAGAGACACUACAGAGACGCCCGCAUCACCGAGAUCUACGAGGGAACCAGUGAAAUCCAGAGACUGGUCAUCGCCAGUCACGUCUUAAAGGAGUAUCAGCCGUAGGUCCCUGAGGCAGAGAAGCUAAAAAAAUGUUUACUCCUGCAAAACAAACUGCCUUAGUGCCUUGGAUGUCUGGUUCAGUCAUCAAGAGUUCUUUUCAUUAUGAAUAGCAAAACCACAUGAUUCCUGCAGUUGUCAGCAGGAAUUUGGAAUUGGAGCAGCUCUAAGGUGAAGUUUGGCUCUGGUGACUUUCACUCUCAUCUGGAAGCAGUCAUCCUCAUGGUCCGUGUGGCGCUGGAUUGACUGGGUCACAUCAUCACUUCCGUUUCUUACCACAAGAGUGCAGUAGAGCGUCGGAGUUUUGGAAGAGAAACGGCCUAGAUUACCUCCCACAAUUCAAAAUAAAAUACUCACAAACUGAGACAGCCAAGUGCUUUUGCUCUGAAUGAUAAUAUAUUGUUUGAUUGUAAAUAAUCGUGUGACAGAACACUUUUGAA